AUGACGGAAACAAAUCAAUUAAACAAACUAAUUAACCAGUCAGGCCGGCAGAACAGAUAGUUCAGCUGGUCGCCAAAAUUAACUAUUUUACCCAUUUAACACUAACACUAGUAGCUACAGAGUGCUCUGUUUCCUGGAAAAGAUUGCAAGCAUCAAUAAUCAUCAUGUCGAAACUCCCUGCCUUCCUCUUCUACUUCCUCCUCACCAUCUCCAUUUCCCUCUCAUCUCACCCACUCGACCCACUAACGCCGGCCGAAUUCACCGCCGUCCAGACCGCCGUCCGUGCACACUACUCCUCCAGCCACACCUCCAUCGCCUUCCACUACAUCGGCCUCAAGGACCCACCAAAAUCCGCCGUCCUCUCCCAUCUCCACCACCCCUCCGCCGUUCCUCCGCCGCGGCGAGCCUUCAUCAUCGCCCGGGUCAACCACUCAACUACCCACGAGCUCACCGUCGACCUGACCGGGAACAACAAAAUCUCCGACCAAGUCUACACGGGGCCCGGCUACCCGAUUUUCACCACCAAGGAGCAACUCGCCGCCAGCGCGCUCGCCGUCGGCCACCCGCCGUUUCUCGAGUCCGUACGGAAGAGGGGGCUAAAAUUGGGGGAAAUUGUUUGCCAGUCGUAUGGGAUCGGGUGGUUCGGGGAGCAGGGUAAGGGGAGUAGGAUCGUCAAAGUUAUGUGCAAUUAUUUGGACGGGACGGUGAAUCUGUACAUGCGGCCGGUGGAGGGAAUCACCGUCACCGUGGAUCUUGACCGGAUGGAGAUUAUCGGGUAUCGGGAUCGGGCGAUUGUGCCGGUUCCCAAGGCGGAUGGGACUGAUUUCAGAGGGUCGAAGCAGAGGCCUCCUUUUGGGCCGAGCGUUAAUGACAUCGAUGUCGUCCAGCCCAACGGCCCAAGCUUCCAAAUCGACGGGCAUAGGAUCCGGUGGGCCAACUGGGAUUUCCAUUUGGGCUUCGACAUGCGGGCCGGGCCCAUAAUAUCAUUGGCAUCGAUCUUCGACGUCCAGAAGCAGAAGUUCCGCCGGGUUCUGUACAGAGGGUUUGUGUCGGAGCUCUUCGUUCCGUACAUGGACUUGACGGAAGAAUGGUACUACCGGACCUACUUCGACGCCGGCGAGUACGGCUACGGGUCGUACGCCUCGUCGCUGCUGCCCGGCGCCGACUGCCCUGCUAAUGCGGUUUUCAUGGAAGCCUACUUUCCCGACGAGGACGGGAAUCCCCAGCAGCUCCCCAACGCCUUCUGCAUCUUCGAGAGGUACGCCGGCGACAUAAUGUGGCGCCACACCGAGACCGCUACUCCGGAAGUGGUGAGUUUUUUCCUGAUUGGUAAUUUUUGGUGGGUUUAUUAGGAAAUCGAAACUCCUUUUUUCGUUAUAAAUUUUGUGGGGUUGUUUUCCCCUUUUGCUUGCUGCGGCAGGUGACAGAGGUGAGGCGAGAUGUGAGCUUGGUAGUGAGGAUGGUUUCGACUGUGGGCAACUAUGACUACAUCAACGAUUGGGAAUUCAAGCAGAGCGGCUCCAUCAAAGUCACGGUUGGGUUAACAGGCGUGCUAGAGGUAAGAGGAUCCGAGUACACACACAAGGACCAAAUCCACGGCGAAUCCUACGGUCCAGUACUGGCCGAGAACACAAUCGGGUCGAACCACGAUCAUUUCCUCACAUACCAUUUGGAUCUCGAUGUUGAUGGAGAACAAAACUCGUUCUCAAAAUCCAAAUUGGAAACGGUCAGAGUCUUGAACAGCACAACCUCACCAAGGAAGAGUUACUGGAGAGCAGUCGUCGAGACGGCCAAAACAGAGUCCGAUGCGAAGAUUAACCUGGCCGGUUCCGAGCAAAUCGACUUCACGUUUGUGAAUCCCAACAAGAAGACCGAUGUUGGGAACUCCGUUGGGUACCGUUUGGUUCCAGGGUCGGUAGUGAGUCCAUUGUUAUCCGACGACGAUUAUGUGCAGAUCAGGGGAGCUUUCACCAAGUACAACGUUUGGGUCACGCCGUAUAACGAGAGUGAGAAAUGGGCUGGGGGUGUUUAUGUUGAUCAGAGUCGAGGGGAUGAUACUUUAGCAAAAUGGAGUCUUGGCGACAGGGAGAUUGAGAACAGAGACAUUGUGUUGUGGUACACAUUGGGUAUUCAUCAUGUGCCUUGCCAGGAGGAUUUUCCGGUCAUGCCGACGUUGAGCAGUGGGUUUGAGCUCCGGCCGAAUAAUUUUUUCGAGAGGAAUCCGGUUCUCAAGGCCUUCGUGAGUUUGUAGAAGUGAAUCAAUGCUAGAAUGGAAGGUGUAUUUGAUUGUUGUCACGAUUGGCAGGUAUGAAUAUGAUUCUUUUGGGAAUACUAAUUUCAAGGAAGUGUGUGUUGGAGUGUAAUGAAUUCUACCAGCAGACAGCUACUGCAGCAACCAACACCCACAGACAACAUUCAUAUCCAUCCCAUACAACACAAUCAGAACUUCAGAUGAUCCAUUCCUAGUAAUAGCUAGAUAAGAAGGAUUAAUAUUUCUUUUUCUUCCAUUCAUCUCUCCUCCUUGUAUAAAUUCUAUUACAUCCAUGUACAUCAAAGCAGGGUGGCUGGUUCUUAUUCGGUGGAUGGAAGGCUGGUUAGAAGGACUCUGUUGAUAUGCCACGCAACGAGUAACGAUUCGAGAGCCUGCAAGUAAAACUAAGUUUGUUGUAAUUCUUGCUUGUUGUAAGAUGACAUUGGAGGUGAGAUCUGAGAGGGUAGGUCCAGAGAGUACAAUGAAGAAACCAAAAAUAUGAAAACAGUUGAGCAUGCUCUAUACGGAAGCAGAUCAGAGAAAGUGAAAUUGAACUGAAACUUGUGUAACAAGUCAGUCUCAUGGGAGGCUGGCUUGAGAUGUGUGAAUUAAUCAAUGGCGGUG